CACUUCUUGGGUAGAGAAAAUAAAGUGUUUCCUCCUCCUGCUUCAGACCUCCACAGCCGUUCCGCUCACUGCAAGCUCCCCCACGCCAACGCCCCGUGGAAAAUCUCGGGCGUUGGCACGAGAGCCGCCGUGAUCCAGAACGCCGGCCGCAGUCCCGCUGCACCCGCGGAGUAAGUUGGCGCGAAAAUCUUUUCAAUUCCCGCUAAUUUCUCCACCAGAUUUUUCGCCGCUGAAUAAACUGUCGAUUCCCAAACCCUCGAUCCGUUCACCAUCCUCGAAGCCCCCGACCACACACCACCACAUCACCAAGCUAAAUCCUCCGGCGUCCCGUCAGCCAUGGAGGCGGCGGUAGUGGCGGCCUCGGCUGCGGCGGCGACUGCUGCGAAGGAAGCCGCGGCGGCUGCCAUGGAGGCGGCAGCGGCGGCGUCCGCCGCGGCGUUAAACGCGAAGGAGGCAACUGCUGUGGCGGCCACUGCAGGGGAGGCUGCAGCGGCAGCCGCGGCGCAAGCUUCCAAGAAGCGCAAGUUCCAUUCUAUCAACGACCAAGAAGAUGAACCACCGGGGAGUGGAACCGUCGACGACCAAGAUCACAUCAACCGCCUCCCCGACGCCGUCCUGGGCAGCAUCGUCUCUCUUCUCCACACCAAGGAAGGCGCCCGCACCCAGGCCAUCUCUCGCCGGUGGCGCCCGCUCUGGCGCUCCGCUCCUCUCAACCUCGUGGUGGACUAUAAACUCGAGUGCAAGGGCCAGACGACCAUCGAGAUUAUCCGGAAGAUCCUCUCCGAGCAUCCUGGCCCCGCUCGCCGCUUCUCGUUCUGGCUCUUGGUCAGCGACUGUGCCGACGAGAUCGGAGGCUGGCUGGGUUCCGAAGCCCUGGACAACCUGCAGGAGCUGGAGAUCACCUACGGUCGCUUGGUUGCUGACAGGAAGACGGUGUACCUGCUGCCAUCGUCCACGUUCCGCUUCGCACCCACACUCCGCGUGGCCAAAUUCCACGAUUGCAAUUUCCCCAACUUUAUUGUGCCGGAGUUUCCAUGCCUCAAGCAGCUGACCCUGGAUAGGGUCACCAUCUCGGAGGACAUUCUCCAGGGCAUAAUAUCUGGCUGCUCUGCAUUGGAAAGCCUUGAGCUCAAGGGCAACCGCGGCAUUGCUCGCCUCUGCAUAUGCUCCCAAACUCUUAAGAGUUUAGGCUUUUGCGCUGACCGGAGGAACAGAGGCGUCUUCUUGCAAGAGUUGGUCAUCGAGGAUGCUCCUCUCCUUGAGAGAUUGCUACCACUCGAUCCAAAGUAUGGCCCCCCGACCAUAUGGAUAAUCUCGGCACCUAAACUGAAGAUAUUGGGUAUGCUCUCAGAAGACAUAGCAGAACUUCACUUUGGAACCAUGGUUUUUCAGAAAAUGAUUGCUGUCAGCUUGACAACCAAAGUCCACACCAUGAGGGUUUUGGUUCUUGACUCUGUUGGCCCAAAUCUGGAUACAGUGAUUAACUUCAUCAAGUGCUUCCCCCAUUUGGAGAGGCUGUAUGUCAUUUUCCAACCACUCUCACGCCCAUGGAUGGUUAUGAACAAUGCCCGGAAGUAUGACCCCCUGGACCCAAUUGAAUGCCUUGAGCUCCAUCUUCAAAAAGUGGUGCUAAAGAAUUAUGAUGGCACCAAGAGUCCAUCUAUUGACUUCGCCAAUUUCUUUGUGUUGAAUGCGAAAGUACUAAAGGAAAUGAAAAUCACAUUGCCUUACCAGCGCCAGCACAAAUGGUUUGCUGAUCAGCAUGGGAUGCUACGAAUCAAAGAUAGAGCUUCUCGAGAUGCUCAAAUUGAACUGGAAUAUGGUUCUAAGGUUGACUUCACACACAACAAGAAUACCCAUGAUUUGUCAAUGGAUGAUCCCUUUGACAUGCCCUCCAGCGGAUGCUACAAGUGUAGUUGAUCCCCAUUUUGAAGAUUGCCUUGUCUUCUGUCAUCCCUUUGACAUGCCCUCCAGCGGAUGCUACAAGUGUAGUUGAUGCCCAUUUUGAAGAUGCCUUGUCUUCUGUCCAAAGCCCAUUUUUUCACGUCGAUGCUCUAAGAGAGGAUCUACUUCAUUCAGCGAUGGUGUGUUUUGUGGCCUACUCAGGAUUAAACCUGGGCUGAGGAGGUACUGUCUAAGCUCAAGCUUCAAAUCUGAACUUGCUGCUUCAAUGGGUUUGUCAGUAAUUUAUUUCUGUUCUGUUGCGCUCGAAUACUAAUUUUAAUCUGUUAUGUCAGUUGGUUGUCGUAAUUUCUUUGCUGUUUGGUCAUGUACUGUAAGCUGCUGAUGCCAGCUGUUACUACAUUAAUCAAUUUAUGUAUCAUAUAACUUGCUUUAGUGAAAAAGAAUGCCUUCA